CGGGGGGGGGUUCUACGCUCCCUCAGCCAAUAGCAGGAAGGGUGUCUCCGGGUGGACGGAAGCCGUCGUUUGCAUGUGGUAGAGACGCUCGCGUUGAUAGUUAACAUAAUUUACAUGCUGAAAAGAACUGCCUUGAUUGAACAGAGAGGGAUGAUGCCUUGGAGGCUUCAAAAUCCUCCGUUCCAGAUCUGACUUCUAUUCAAUUUAAUUUUUUUAAACAUGCUUUACCUCAUUGGUCUUGGACUUGGAGAUGCCAAAGAUAUUACAGUAAAAGGUCUGGAAGUAAUAAAACGGUGCAGCCAAGUAUACCUGGAAUCCUACACUUCAAUCCUCACUGUUGGAAAGGAAGCACUGGAGGAGUUCUAUGGCAAAGAACUGAUCCUUGCUGACCGAGAAACGGUAGAACAAGAAGCAGAUGCAAUCCUGAAGGAUGCACAGAUAUGUGACGUGGCUUUUCUUGUUGUUGGAGAUCCUUUUGGGGCUACGACACACAGUGACCUUGUUCUCCGGGCCGUGAAGCUUGGGAUUCCAUACAGAGUCAUCCAUAAUGCUUCCAUACUGAAUGCCGUUGGCUGUUGUGGUUUGCAGCUGUACAAUUUUGGAGAAACUGUUUCUGUCGUUUGCUGGACCGAUACAUGGAAGCCCGAGAGUUUUUUUGACAAGAUCACGAAAAACAGAAGGAAUGGGAUGCAUACGCUCUGCCUACUCGACAUUAAAGUAAAGGAGCAAUCCAUGGAGAAUCUCGUGAAGGGGAAGAAGAUUUAUGAACCACCCUGGUACAUGUCUGUGAAUCAAGCAGCAGAGCAACUCCUUGCCAUUGUUCAGAAGAGGCGGCUAGAGGGUGAAGAGCCAGAAAUUACAGAGCACACGGUGUGUGUAGGCUUAGCAAGAGUUGGUGCAGAGAAUCAAAAGAUUGCUUCAGGCACUCUGCAGGAAAUGACCACAGUGGUGCUGGGUGAACCUCUACACUCUCUGGUAGUAACUGGAACUUUGCAUCCUUUGGAAAUAGACAUGCUAAAACUCUUUGCAGCAGAUAAAUCUGUCUUUGAACACUGCUGAAUAAAAACACUCCAUACAUGC